CUCUCUGUGGUGCUGCAAAAAUCGGUGAGUGUAACACGUAGCUCCUCAAAAAUCGAUGAUGUAACCUCGCGAUGAGGAGGGAGGUGGCAUCAAUUGUGGCCAACAAUUCAGCCACUCGCUGGAUGCCCUCGGGCUAGAAAAACAUCUCUGUCUGCCCCAUCCACGCCGCAUCAGCACCCCUAUGCAUGGGUACUCACUCAAAGAGCGAAGAGGUAGCCCCAGGGUAUGAAGGGAGUCAUGAUGACAAGCCCCAGCACGUUGAGUAAAGUAAAGGGGACGGGAAAUCCUCCCAUGCCUCCCUUGCGACCGCGUACCAGCCACGGCAAAGCAAAGAACACGAGAAACAGCACCUUGACCAGCACCUGACACACACACACGUGCAACAUGCCCUCACUCACAGUGUCUACCUGACUCACUUCACUGGUGCAGUCGUGCACUCACCGAGAUGAGCAGGAUGGAGGCGAAUGGCAGCGGGCUAUAGAUGCCACACGCAGACAGGAUGGCGAUGCUCGUGAUGAAGAUGCCGAGGAUACUCAGCGCAAGGUUGGGAACCAUACUCCCCGAGAACAGCUGGCUGUAGGCAGCAGACACACACAUGCCUGUUAGUAAGCAUUCCCACGCAGGGAGGUAGUGUUCUGUCCGCGCACUUACUUUGCGGCAAACUUCGGAGCCCACAGGCAAGUUAGACCAGUGCUCCCUCCGGCUGCGCACACGCAGGGAGACAGACACAUAUACAGACGUCUCAAAGGCCGUCUUCUGUUGUCACACAGGAGCCCCCUCACUUACCGACCACAUUGGUGGCAAACACCACCCGCAGGGCCAGAUGCUCCACUGCCAUCGUUGAAUGACGCAAUCGCCGCUGCUGUGUCAACCCACAGAGGGAACGGACAGCCUCUUGACCAACGACGGGAGAGGGAAACGACGCCGAAAG